CUGAGACUCAGAAGGCUGUAACAUAUGUAAAUUAUCAAUUAAAAUGUAUUUAACCAGAUUGUUAAUUGUAGGUACUAAUUUCGAGUUUUCACACAUCUGCCUACUCAGAACUAGUUUUGUGAAAUUACUGAUGUUUGCAAUCAUAUCAGUUGUUAAGGGCCCUAAGGUAGGCAGUAUUUAAUUCAGAAAAAACUUAAUUGUGUUACACUACAGGCAUACUUGAAUUGAUUUUGGGGUCCAGCUUUGUCAAAUAUGGGAAUACCGUUCUCUAAAAUUCUCUAAUGAAAGUUUCAUUAUUGUGAGGCUAUGUAUUAUUUGCCAUAUUACCCUUCUUGAUUGUUUUUUAUUUACUUUUUUUAUAAGUUUAUAAAAUUACAAUGUUUUUGUACAUUAUUUAGAAGUGUAUUAAAAAUAAAAGUGAUGUUUCUUUUCAAAUGAAAUAAAUGCAGUUAUUUCAAACUUCUCAGUGCUGUCUGCAUGAAGGGAGUGAACAACCACAAGGUUGCUGAAUGUCUGAAGCAGCUUUUUUCCUGUCAUUCUUUCCCAGGAAUGCAAGAUACGUUACUGUCCCUGUGAAAGUCUGCCCAAAUCUCGUCAUUGAUGUGCCUUGGAAAAUUGACAGUUGCAACUUGCGUAUGAUCUGUGAAGAUUUGCAAGAGCUCACAAAGUCAAGUCUCAAGUUUUCACUUCAGUAGACAAUGUUAUUAGCUCAGAUAAAUCGAGACUCUCAGGGAAUGACGGAAUUUUCUGGAGGAGGAAUGGAGGCCCAGCACGUGACUCUGUGUCUAACAGAAGCUGUAGCUGUGCAAGGUGAACCUUCAGAUGGCGACAACUUGGAAAACAUGGAAGGUGUAAGUUUGCAAGCAGUUACCCUGGCUGAUGGCUCCACUGCUUACAUACAGCACAAUUCUAAAGAUGGUAAAUUAAUGGACGGCCAAGUGAUUCAAUUAGAAGAUGGUUCUGCUGCUUAUGUUCAACAUGUACCUAUGCCUAAAAGCAGGGAGAGCCUGCGUCUAGAAGAUGGACAGGCGGUUCAGCUGGAAGAUGGAACUACAGCUUUUAUUCAUCACACCUCAAAAGACAGUUAUGACCAGAGUGCACUGCAGGCUGUGCAGCUGGAGGAUGGAACCACUGCCUACAUCCACCACACGGUGCAGAUGCCACAGUCAGACACCAUUUUGGCCAUCCAGGCUGAUGGCACAGUGGCAGGACUGCACACAGGAGAUGCUGCCAUCGACCCAGACACCAUCAGUGCUUUGGAGCAGUAUGCAGCCAAGGUGUCUAUUGAUGGAAAUGACAGUGUUAGUAGCACAGGAAUUAUAGGUGAAAAUGAACAAGAUAAAAAAAUGCAGAUUGUCUUGCAAGGACAUGGAACAAGAGUGACUGCCAAAUCUCAACAGACUGGAGAGAAAGCCUUUCGCUGUGAUUAUGAUGGCUGUGGAAAACUGUACACAACAGCUCACCAUCUUAAGGUGCAUGAAAGGUCUCACACAGGAGACAGACCAUACCAAUGUGAACAUCCUGGAUGUGGCAAAGCCUUUGCAACAGGGUACGGGCUGAAGAGCCACGUGCGAACACACACGGGUGAGAAGCCCUACCGGUGCACAGAGGAGAACUGCACCAAAUCCUUCAAGACUUCUGGAGACCUGCAGAAGCACAUCCGCACCCACACAGGUGAAAGGCCUUUUAAGUGUCCCUUUGAAGGAUGUGGCAGGUCAUUCACAACAUCUAAUAUUAGAAAGGUUCACAUCAGGACACAUACAGGCGAAAGGCCUUAUUACUGUACAGAGCCAGGAUGUGGGAGAGCUUUUGCCAGUGCAACUAAUUAUAAGAAUCAUGUGAGAAUACACACAGGGGAGAAGCCUUAUGUCUGUACAGUUCCUGGCUGUGACAAACGUUUCACAGAGUAUUCCAGUUUAUACAAACAUCAUGUUGUACAUACUCAUUCCAAACCAUACAACUGCAAUCACUGUGGGAAGACCUACAAGCAGAUCUCUACCCUUGCUAUGCACAAACGGACAGCACACAACGACACAGAGCCCAUUGAGGAAGAACAAGAGGCUUUCUUUGAGCCACCUCCAGGUCAAGGUGAAGAUGUGCUCAAAGGCUCCCAGAUCACCUACGUGACAGGUGUGGAGGGAGAAGAUGUCAUUUCUGCACAGGUUGCUACAGUUACUCAGUCGGGAUUAGGCCAGCAAGUAGCGCUAAUAUCCCAGGAUGGAACCCAACAUGUGAACAUCUCCCAGGCAGACAUGCAGGCCAUUGGCAAUACCAUCACCAUGGUGACACAGGACGGCACCACCAUCACAGUCCCUGCCCACGACGCCGUCAUCUCCUCGGCGGGAACGCACUCGGUGGCCAUGGUCACUGCAGAGGGCACCGAGGGACAGCAGGUUGCAAUUGUGGCCCAAGACUUAGCAGCAUUUCACAGUGCCUCCUCAGAAAUGGGACACCAGCAGCACGGACACCAUCUAGUGACUACAGAAACUAGACCUGUGACAUUGUUGGCUACAUCCAAUGGGACACAAAUUGCAGUACAGCUUGGAGAACAACAGUCUCUGGAAGAAGCCAUUAGAAUAGCCUCCAGAAUACAGCAGGGAGAAACGCCAGGGAUUGAUGAUUAACUUCUAAAACUGCUACCAGAACAAUAGAGUGGAAGGUAUUUUAUUUUCAACCAACAAAGGUCCAUGCCAGCAACAGCCCAUAAAAACUUUGAAGUCCCCCACUCACUGAUACUGUGUACACAUUUUAUGCAAGAGUGAAGAACAUUUGCUAAGUUUUGUGUACAUAACCCUUGGAAUGGACUGACAUCAUCUACUUCCAACCGUUGCGUUCAGGAAUAUGGAAUUAGGAUUAUAUAGUAAACUUCCUUGUUAUCCUUUCAUCAGAUUUCAGACUGGUCUACAAGCAAGUAAAAAAUAGAAGUAUUGGAUUUAAUUUUUCAUGUCAUGUACAAAUAAUGAAGGCAUUACUGAAGAUUUCAGCUGUUUAAGUAACCAUUUCAGGAACCCUUACAAGUAAUAAAGGCAACAAAGCCUUUUGAAAUUGCAUUCCAUUAAUGGAAAAGUCUUGGAUUUUGAGCCUACUACUGUAAAUCUUCGUAUUUUGAUUUGUUUCAUACGGAUUUGAAUACUCUUUAGAUUAUCUGCCCGAUCUCAUUCAUUGUAAAUACGGACCGUUAAUGCUGGAAGUGCUAAUUAUAUUAUCUUUAAAUUGGAUUAUGUACAAAGAACUGGUUGUUCCAUAUUAAAGAAAGUAAAUCUAAUGAUUUUGUUUCUUUACAUAUUUUACUUAAGAUGUUACUCUCAAAUUAUUAUGCAAUAAAAUAUAGCAAGAUUGUAUUGUUUAGAUAGGAUGAUAUUGUCGUGUGACGUAUUGUUUUACUUCUUACUGAGACUGAAGUUCAAAUUAUUUAUUUACGGCCUUGUAUAAAUUUUUCCAAAGUUUAUUUAUCAUAAACUUAAUUUUUUGACAUUAAUUUUGAUCGUAAUCCACUGUAGUGUAUUAAGCAAAUACUGGUAAUAGUUAUUUCAGACAUUCUAAAACACUACAGGAGUGAUUUUUCACUAAAAGGUGAAGUUACCCACUUUCAAGAGAACUUUUUUCAAAUGGUGCAUUUGCAGCAAAAGUACAAGUACUAAAUAGUCUAUUUUCAACAGUUCUGAGUGCCUGCUGCUACGAUUCAGUACCUAGAAUGUGCUGAUAAUCAGUGCUUUUGAAAAUCAGGACACAAGUUACUAGAAAAAAGGGAUUAAUGAUGAUGUAAGUACAAUGCUCUUCUCCAGCUAUCAUUCUGUAAAGGAAAAAGUCCAUUGUAGAUAUGUCGAUACACACAGCAAAAUGUACUUUCAAUUUUUUUAUAUGAAGAAGUGUUUUUACUCUUGUCUUGUUAGCAAGCUGGUUAAGCAAGUUAAAAUUUUUUGGCUUCCUGAAAGAUUCAGUGCUCAUUUUAGAUUAGUGUCAAGAGCACUUCUGAAACUGAAGCCUCACCUUUUGCCUUCUCAAGGGGAAGGACUGAACAGCCUCUGGACAAAAAUCUUUACUAAGGAAUCCCAAGUAUUGUGAGGUGCACAUCCUACAUGAAAAAAUAAAGUCCAGAACUAAGUACCUUGAGGUAUUUGACCUCAGAAAGGCCAAGUUUCAAUAGAAUGAGCCAAUUUAUUGUGAAUUACUGUAUCAGUGUGGGUUGCAACCUUCUAUGUUUUCUACACAGAAGCUGUAAAGUGCAGUGAGAGAAUACAGUACUGUGGGAUAGAUGGGGACAAAGCAAAGGCUAUUCUCUGCAUAAAUUACAAAGUAAAACUUGAAAUAUUUAGGUUGUCUGUAACUUUUGUAUAGGAUUGAGGUUGCUUGCUCACUUAGGUGCCAGUUUUCCUGAAAUGUUGUAAAUCUUGAUAUCCCAUGGAGAUAAAUGUACUAUGCAAGGAGGAUUAAUUGCCUGUCAACUAGAUCAGUUUCUUAGUACUUAUCACCUUUUAGAAAUUAAAGUUGUAUCAUUUGACGUGAA